AUGAUGGACAUGAAGAUGGCCCAGGGCACGCCCUGGCUCGAUCAGCCGGUGAUGCUUCAUUCGUCUCGCGCCGAUAAAUGCAAACUGACCGAAGCUCAAUGUCUCUAUCGCAACUAUUCCUGGCGAUACUGGUACCAAGCCGACCAUGUUUACGCAUUAAACACUGUCUACUUCAUGUGUGCGGUGAUUGGAGUGUUCGCGAUCUCGAACUUGCUUGUACGAUUCGCUCCAGAUAGAGUGAAACGGACCAGACCAUGGCGCAUGUUCACCUCCGCCUCACGAUACUUGUCUUAUCGUGGAUAUCGAUUGCCUGCGCUGCGAUAUUGGUCUCCGGCGUUGGGCGUGGUGAUUCUAGGCGCAGUAGGCGCUGUAUUCUUCUUCGCGAUGACACUCGGCCCCCAACCUUAUUACUGGCCAACGGAUGCUUCUUAUGGAAGUAGUCCUCCGAUUGCGACUCGGUCGGGCUGGAUGGCUCUUGCGCUGCUUCCAUUUGUACUGGCACUGAGCACGAAAGCCAACAUGAUCUCUGGUGUGACUGGUAUUCCGCAUGAGAAACUUCAAGUGUUCCACCACUGGACUAGCUAUGCGAUGUUUGUGUUGGCUUUGAUUCACACAUUCCCUUAUAUCAUAUAUCAUAUCUGGAAGGGGGAUAUGAUGUAUCAGUGGAAGACAAGUGUUGUCUACUGGACAGGGGUUGCUGCUCUCAUCUCACAGACAUAUCUAACCCUCAUGUCUUUACCAUUCAUUCGCAAUCGAUUCUACGAAUUCUUCAAAGCCACGCACAUCUUUGUGGCGGUGGUAUUUGUCGUGUUUUUCUUCCUUCACUGUGAUUUCCGGCUCUCUUCUUGGGACUACUUCAUAGCCUCAGGCGUGAUCUACUUCCUCAGCCUGAUAACCAGCCACAUCCGUACCUAUCUAAUGCACGGCAUCCACAACGCAACCCUCGAGACUCUCCCUAGCGGUCUUGUUCGCGUUGCAGUCCCAUCAAUCAUCAAAUGGACCCCGGGCCAGCACGUAUUCGUGCGCUUCCUCACAUCAGACUUACAUCUACUCACCGCCCAUCCCUUCACCAUCUCCUCCGCAUGUCGCAAUCCAGACGAAAUAGGCAAAGCCUCAGAACUAGUAUUCUACAUCAAACCACGCGGCGGUGCCACCGGACGCCUUAGAGCAAUGGCAUCCAAGAAUCCAGGCUGCACGAAGAAGAUCUUAAUGGAGGGACCGUACGGCGGCGUCAGCGAACCCCACAUGGCGCAAUUCGACACGAUUCUAGUGAUCGCCGGCGGCUCGGGAGGCGGGUUCUCACUAGCCAUGGUAGACGAAGCGCUCCGGCUGACGGGAAUGAACGCACCGAGAAGCGAGAAAACACCACCGUCCCGGCGGAACCUCCAAGUUGUCUUCUCCACGCGUGACCAAGCCAUGGCAGAUUGGUACAUCGAGGAGAUCGAAUCACGGCUAUCGGAAUCGACCAUGUUAUCCGCGGACUCGGACAACGGAUUCGAGACUGCGGUGUCUGUGCACAUCACUGACAAACGGGGAUCCGGAAUUUCCUCGGCUUCGGAGUCUGACGACGUUAAAAGCACGGCUGGUAAGGUGCCGCCGGCUGAGAUUACUACCACGGGAAGUUUCAGUUUGAAUGUUCACCGCAAUGCUCGGCCUGAUCUUCCUGGUCUGGUUGCGCGCACUGUUGCCAUGGCACAUGUACAAGGGAAGCAUCUUCAGAAGAAGCAACGGGUUGGAGUUUUGGUUUGUGGUCCAGCUUCUAUGCUGCAUGAUACUCGGAAUGCAACUGCUUUGGCGCAGGCUAGGGUGUUUGGAGGUGAGGUUGAGGAGCUGUAUUUGCAUACGGAGCCUUUUGUGUGGUGA